UUAUGGCUAUUAACAUGACUGUGAUCCAAGUCAUAUAAAUACCAGCUGCUUCAAAAACUCUCAUUACAGAACACAGUGGAAGAUCUGUCUGGUGUACUGUCCAAAACCAAUCAUGAAGUUUGUGGCUGUAAUCCUUGCUCUCGCUAUAAUUUCAGGCUGCCAUGGGAACUUCCUGUUUCAGGAUGAGCCAAAGAACCGCUGGGAAGAGGCAGUGGAUCAGUUCUGGAACCAUGUGUCUAAGCUGACCUCUAGGGCUGAGGAGAUGAGGGACAACAUCAAGGCCACCCAGCUCGGCAGAGAAUUAGACACACUGAUCAGUGACACCAUGAUGGAGCUGCAAAUGUAUAAAGAUGACAUGCACUCCAAACUGGGCCCCUAUGCGCAGGAGACUGCCCAGAAAUUCAAUGAAGAUCUGCAACUGCUGGCCAGUAAACUCCGCACACACAUGGAGGAAGCUAGGGAUCGCGUCACUGAAUACACCCAGGAGCUCCAGGCUAUGGUGCAACAGAACACUGAAGAUGUCAAGAACAGGGCCAACACCUAUGCCAAGAAAUUAAAGAAACGUAUAAACAAGGACAUCCAAGAGAUCAACAAGAAAAUGGAAACAUACUUUGCGGAGGUUCGUUCUCGUGCUUCUCAGAGCAUGGAGGAUGUGAAGGAUCGUCUUGAGCCUUACUUCACUGCAGUGCAUCAGCGUGCUGAAGAGAAGCUGACAACUCUGGGAGAACUGCUGAGAAGCCAGGGUGAAGGAAUAAAAGAGAAACUGGAAUCACAAAUACAGGACCUCAAAGAGAAAUUUGAUAAGACCACAGAAAAUAUGCGUAACACUGUUCAGGAUAAGGCAGAGGAGCUACAAAAUUGGUUCGAGCCCUAUGUCUCUCAAGUCCAGAAGCAACUGGAGACAGUCUGGGAGGGCUUUAAAACAAGUGCAUAAGAAUGAGGUCUCAUAGAAAAAUUUGAAAAGAUUGACUUUUUCACUUUGCUUACAGAAAUUAAAGUAUUGAAAGUGUAAAGGUAAAGAGUGAAAUAUACCAUUAGUACCACAUGUAUGUAGCUACAGAUGUAGACUAUGUAAUAUAAAGCUUAAUAAAUAAAAACAGCAUGUACCAAUGAGAA